UUUAUAGUUUAUAGUUGAAUAGUUUUUAAAAUUAUUAUCUGUAAAAGUAGAAACUUUGCAGAACACUGCAUGAGGCACCGAAGAAAUGUGGACUUUGUUUUUUGCAAUGACGUCAUCGUCUGUUUCCAAGUUUUUGAUUGGCUGCAGUUUUAGUAAUGGAACGAGGAAGAGGAAGGAUUCUGUUCCUGUUGACACUCUGUCUGCAAGACUUCACUGGUGAAUGCCAAGUUUCAGGGCAGCCCUCUAACCUGAAGAUAGUUCUGCUGGGGAAGACUGGAUCAGGGAAGAGUACAACAGGAAACACCAUCCUGGGGAGAGAGGUGUUUAAAGCGGCGGCUUCUCCAGUGUCUGUGACUGCACAGAGUGAGAAACGGAGUGGAGUGGUGGAUGGGAGGAAGAUUGAUGUCAUCGACACCCCGGGGCUCUAUGACACAACAAUGUCUGAAGAAGAGAUGAAAAGUGAAAUAGUCAGGUGUAUAGAAAUGUCAGUCCCAGGACCUCACGCCUUCCUGCUGGUGAUCAGACUGGGGAGGUUUACAAAGGAGGAGAGGAACACUGUGAAGUGGAUCCAGGAGAACUUUGGAGAAGAAGCCUCAAUGUACACCAUCAUUCUGUUCACUGGUGGAGAUCACGUGGAGGGUAAAUCAGUGGAAGAGUUUCUGGCUGAGAGCAAAGAGUUACGGAAACUCAUCAAUAUCUGUGGGGGCAGAUAUCACUCCCUAAUCAAUUACAAGAGAGAAGACAACACUCAGGUCCCAGAGCUGCUGAAGAAGAUCGAGGAGAUGGUGAAGAAGAAUGGAGGACAACACUACACCAAUGAGAUGUACCAGGAGGCCCAGAUGAAGAUCGAAGAGGAGGAGGAGAGGAAGAAACAGGAGAAGAAGGAGAGAGAGAGAGAGAGGAGACAGGAGGAGGAAGAAAGAAGAAGAAGAGAAGAGAAAUUGAAUGAGUGCAAGUGGUCAGCGUUUGCCAGUAUGGCUGCAUUGGGGUUGGGAGCCAUGUUCAGCUCUCCAUGGUCGUUAACAGCAGGGGCUGCAUUAGCCGCUGUUAAAGGCUAUCAGUGCAUGGACACCUAUUUCACCUCAGAAGACCAGGAGAAAUAAGAUUUCCACAUCCACCAUCUCAGAUUGUUUUGAAAUUAAGAUGAAUUAUUGUGUUAUAUAAUAUAAUAUAUAGAAUUUGAUCUCUGAGAAAUUAAUAAAUAAAUAAAAUUUAUUGUGCCCAAAUUUGA